AUGGCUGCUAUUGUCAAUCGUGUCACAAAUCUUGUACCUAAGCUUGCACUUCCUGUGGCACGUUAUGGACAAUCAAAAUUAAAUCGUUUCUGGUAUUUUGCUCGUGUUGAAUUACGACCACCUAUGCCAAAUGAAUUUGGUCAAGUUCAAGAAGGCAUUCAACAAAUAGUUCGAUCAGCUACAACAGGUGCUUGGCGAAAAUUGACUGUUAAACAAUUUGCAUUAAAUUCACUUGUCGGUCUUGAAGUGAUGUUUUGGUUUUAUAUUGGUGAAUGUAUUGGUCGUGGUAGUAUUAUUGGUUAUCGACCUGGACGAAGUGAAGGCAUCCCAGCUCCAUAUAAAUACUUUAUGUGA